AACAUAACGGUUUGCACCGAGACAGUGAGACACGCACACACCUGUCCUGGCGGCGGCUGGCUUUUCCCGCGACGGAAAGGGGUGAAAGAGAAAAUUCCCCACCCCUUCCGGAAAUCUCUCCCAGAAACGCAAUUCCCCAACAAUAACCUCAAACGGAGGCACCGUCGUUCAUCACAUCGUUCUCUCUCCCCUCCAAAACCUCUCGCGCCCGCGCGAGAAAUCGGUCGCUCGGUGAUCUAGUCAGCGGGAUCUAGGGUUUCCGCGCGAUGCUCUCGCUGCGGAGCGAUGCGCGCCACCUGGCGGUGCCUGGCAGGGAUGACGCCUGGAUCGGGAUCAGCGGCGGGACGGGGGUAGCCCCCGAUGGGCCAGCGCCAGCUGCGACGUUGCUGCUGGCCCCAGUGUUCCUGGACGCGAGGACCAACCAGCUCGUCGCGGUUGAUGAGGAGGGGCACUUAGCUCUUGCCCACCAGAACUAUAGAACAGGAAAAUAUAGGCAGGCACUGGAGCAUGCUAAGGCUGUUUACGAGAAGAAUCCACGUCGCACUGAUAAUCUACUUCUCCUUGGGGCUAUUUAUUUUCAGCUUCGUGAUUAUGAUCUGUGCAUUUCGAAGAAUGAAGAGGCCCUUGCUGUUGAUCCAGGAUUUGCAGAGUGCUAUGGCAACAUGGCAAAUGCCUGGAAGGAGAAGGGCGACAUUGAUCUUGCAAUUUGUUACUAUUUAACGGCUAUUAAGAUACGUUCAAAUUUUUGUGACGCAUGGUCAAACCUUGCAAGUGCAUAUACACGUAAAGGGAGAUUACAUGACGCAGCACAAUGCUGUAGACAAGCGCUUAUUCUGAACCCACGUUUGGUUGAUGCACAUAGUAAUCUGGGAAAUUUAAUGAAAGCCCAGGGGUUUGUGGAAGAGGCAUAUACUUGCUACCUUGAAGCAAUACGAAUAGAUCCACACUUUGCAAUUGCAUGGUCAAAUCUCGCCGGCCUGUUUAUGGAGGUUGGGGACCUUAAUAAGGCUAUGCAGUAUUACAAGGAAGCUGUUAAACUUAAUCCAUCUUUUGCUGAUGCACAUCUUAAUCAAGGGAACGUGUACAAGGCUAUGGGAAUGCUCGAGGAGGCAAUUGCAUGUUAUCAGCGUGCUUUGCAGGCUCGGCCAGACUAUGCGAUGGCUUAUGGUAAUCUUGCCACUAUCUACUAUGAGCAACGGCAGCUUGAUAUGUCAAUUCAUUGUUACAGUCAAGCUAUACUGUGUGACCCUCGGUUUGUGGAAGCACACAAUAACAUGGGUAAUGCACUUAAAGAUGCUGGAAGAGUAGAAGAGGCAAUUAAUUGCUUCCAAUCAUGCCUUAUAUUGCAGGCAAACCAUCCGCAGGCUCUUACUAACCUAGGAAACAUAUACAUGGAAUGGAACAUGGCAAGUGCUGCUGCUUCAUUCUACAAAGCAGCGAUCGCUGUUACAUCUGGGUUGACAUCUCCAUUCAACAAUUUGGCAGUCAUAUACAAGCAACAGGGAAGCUAUGCUGAUGCCAUUGCAUGUUACACUGAAGUACUUCGUAUAGAUCCUACUGCGGCUGAUGCGCUAGUUAAUAGAGGAAACACAUUUAAGGAGUUCGGUAGAGUAGCCGAGGCAAUUCAAGAUUACAUGCAGGCUGCAACAAUCAUGCCGACUAUGGCGGAAGCUCAUGCCAACUUAGCCUCAGCUUAUAAAGAUAGUGGAAAUCAAGAAUCAGCGAUAACUAGCUAUAAAAAAGCUCUUUGUUUGCGUCCUGAUUUUCCAGAAGUUACAUGCAACCUUCUGCAUACUCUGCAGAGUGUGUGUGACUGGGAAAACAGAGAAACUAUGUUCCACGAAGUUGAAGAGAUUAUCAAACGGCAGAUAAAGAUGUCGCUUCUGCCAAGUGUGCAACCAUUUCAUGCUAUUGCUUAUCCUAUUGAUCCAAUGCUCGCAUUGGAAAUUAGCCGCAAAUAUGCAGUCCAAUGCUCCUUGAUUGCUUCUCGCUUUGGGUUGCCACCAUUUGUCCACCCACCUCCUUUGCCUGUUAGGGCACAGGGUAAACAUGGUCGGCUCAGGGUUGGAUAUGUUAGCAGUGAUUUUGGUAAUCAUCCGCUUUCGCAUCUCAUGGGUUCGGUAUUUGGAAUGCAUGACGGUAACUAUGUUGAGGUUUUUUGCUAUGCUUUGAGUCAAAAUGAUGGCACUGAAUGGAGACAGCGUAUCCAGGCUGAGGCAGAGCAUUUCAUUGAUGUGUCAGCCAUGACAUCUGAUGUGAUUGCAAAGAUGAUAAAUGAAGACAAAAUACAAAUUUUAAUCAAUCUUAAUGGCUACACAAAGGGUGCAAGGAAUGAAAUUUUCGCAUUGCAACCAGCACCGAUUCAAGUCUCAUACAUGGGGUUCCCUGGGACAACCGGUGCUUCUUACAUAGACUAUUUGGUUACAGAUGAGUUUGUUUCACCGACUCGCUAUGCACAUAUAUACUCUGAAAAGCUUGUUCAUCUCCCACAUUGCUAUUUCGUCAAUGACUACAAGCAGAAAAACCGUGAUGUCUUUAGUCCUCUUUGCCCACAUAAAAGGUCAGAUUAUGGGUUACCUGAGGAUAAGUUCAUCUUUGCAUGCUUUAAUCAGCUUUACAAGAUGGACCCAGAAAUAUUUGAUACAUGGUGUAAUAUCGUGAAACGUGUUCCAAACAGUGUGUUAUGGCUCUUAAGGUUUCCAGCUACCGGUGAAAUGAGAGUAAAAGCACAUGCUGCGGCAAGAGGAGUGAGCCCUGAUCAGAUCAUAUUCACAGAUGUUGCCGUGAAACACGAGCAUAUCCGAAGAAGCGAGUUAGCAGAUCUUUUUCUUGACACGCCACUUUGCAAUGCACACACAACUGGUACUGACAUUCUUUGGGCUGGCUUGCCAAUGAUCACACUUGCACUGGAGAAAAUGGCAACUAGAGUAGCUGGUUCCCUCUGUUUAGCGACUGGGCUUGGAGAUGAGAUGAUUGUUAGCAGCACGAAGGAGUACGAAGAUAGAGCAGUUGAACUGGCAACAAAUCCUGCCGAACUCCGAAUACUGACCAAUAAGCUUAAACAAGCUCGUUUGACAUGUCCGUUAUUUGAUACAGCUCGAUGGGUUCGGAACCUUGACAGGGCGUACUUCAAGAUGUGGAACCUUUAUUGCUCUGGCCGCCAUCCAGAGUCGUUUAAGGUGAAAGAAGACGACAAUGAGUUCCCAUAUGACAGAUGAGGAGCAUGGAAAUACCGGCUGUGUAGAUAAAAGCAGAGUUGUGACGUAGUAGCAUGUUACUCGUUUUUGUCUCCGCCCUGAAUUUUAGGUUUACUUUUGACAUGAGAUUAAUCUAUAUAUGUGUGCCAGCAGAAGAUUAUGGUCUUGGUUUAUUCCUGAUUGCUAUGCUAUUUAACCACAACUCCUGUUUUGUCAGGAUGUUGAAACCUAUCCGCAUCUAUACAACAGUAUUUUAAAA